AUGAAUUUACAGAAACAUAUAGCACAGAGAAAUGCUCAGAAGAAUGUUAUAGACUAUUAUUUAGCGAGAAUAGAAGACGCCAAAAGCGCCGAGAACAUUUCACUGAUCGAUUUCAACGGAAUAUUUGAAAAACUCGCGUUAAAAGUGAAACAAAUGGAAGAAAUGAACGAGAAGAUUGCAAAUCUUACGGACAGCGAAGAAAUUAACGAAGAAAUUAUACAAACCGAAAAGUAUAUGUUGGACUUAGACCUUAAAAUGAGACACCUUAGUGACUUUAGAGAUAAACAGAUUCGUACAGAUGUACAACAACCGCAGUUUUUCCCCACUGAUGGUCAGUCAACUCUUCAUGUGGAGUCGCAGCAGACAUUUUCCUCUGAAUUUUCGCAGUCCACAACUGACAGAUCGUCACAGAGCACUUCCGGUUUUCAACAAGCACAGUUGAAUGUAAAUGCACAUCCUUUCGUCAGUCAGAAUGUAAGUAACAAUUCAUUUCAAUUUCAUAGACUGCCAAAGUUGUCUCUACCAAAAUUUAACGGUGAUAUUCUUAAAUGGCAAGGUUUCUGGGAUUCCUUUGAAUCAACCAUUCACCUGAAUACCAAUCUCACAGACGUACAGAAGUUUACAUAUUUACAGUCUCAGCUAGAGGGCGUUGCAGCACGUACUAUAGACGGUUUUGCCUUAACAAAUUCCAAUUAUUUGAGAGCCAUUAGUUUACUUAGAGAGAGGUUCGGACAACAGCAUAAGAUUGUACAUACCACCAUGCAGGCCUUGAUACAACUACCGGCGCCAUUGAACACGCUUAGCAGUUUACAAGCGUUCCAUGACAAAAUGGAAACGUACAUUCGAGGGUUAGAAUCAAUGGGGCAGAAUCAAGAAAGUUACGGAAGCCUGUUAGUGCCAAUAAUUUUAGACAAAAUGCCACAAGAGGUCAGAAAAAAUCUUGCACGAGAACACGGCGACAAUGACUGGAAGUUAGAAGAACUUAGGAGUGCCCUGAGGAAAGAAGUCCGGAUACUUGAAGUCGGAAUUCAAAGCUAUACACCGGAAAUAAACGAUUUCAUACCGACAUCGUCUUUUUACACUGGAGCGUUAUCAAAGCAAAGAAGAAAGCAAAAUAAAGACAAAACAGAGAUAGAUUUCAAUACAAACAGAAAAAAUAAAUCAAAUGAUAUCAUUUGUGCAUUCUGUGAAGAAUCACAUAAAUCUAUUGACUGUACAAGGUUUCCUGAUACGCGCUGUUAA